GCCGCCCGCAGCCUCCCCGCUCCCCCCGCGGCCGGUCGGCGGCCGCAGCGCGGGCUGGCCGGGCACGUGGGCGCCUCCGUCACACCCUCGCUCACACCCUCACACACACACACACAUACACCCGCGCGCACGCACCCGCGCGCCUGCAUCUCGUGCUCUUUCACCGGCCGACACACGGGCGCUCGCGAGUCUCUCCGUGCCAGCGAUCCCCUCAUCCCAGCCCCAGCGCCCGCGCGAGGCAAGUAGCUGCGCCUCCCGUCAGCUCCGCGGCCUCCGGCAAAGCCCCCCGGCCCCGACCCUUUGGCCGCUGCAGCUACUGUCGGGACGUGGAGGCAGCGGAAGGCGCCCGGUGGAGACACGCGUACGGUACCUACAGAAUAUUGGAUAUACAAAUCCAGGACCCAUAAGACUUUUAUCACCUUGAAUGAAGGAUUUGUUUGAUGAUAUCUUCCUCCAUCUUUCAUUCACAUCAACGAAUAUCUUUUUUAAAAAGAACUAGCGAAUUUGCCAUAAGGGAAUUUUAAAAACUAAUACCACCCACACUUUCCAAUGCCUAAGAAUAGCAAGGUGGUAAAAAGAGAAUUAGAUGAUGAGGUUAUUGAGUCUGUCAAAGACCUUCUUUCCAAUGAAGACUCAGCUGAUGAUGCUUUUAAGAAGAGUGAACUAAUUGUUGAUGUGCAAGAAGAGAAAGAUACAGAUGUUGACGAAGGAUCUGAAGUUGAAGAUGAAAGACCAGCUUGGAACAGUAAGCUGCAGUACAUCCUGGCCCAAGUUGGAUUUUCUGUAGGUUUAGGGAAUGUGUGGCGAUUCCCAUACCUAUGUCAGAAGAAUGGGGGUGGUGCCUAUCUUUUGCCAUAUUUAAUACUGCUUCUGGUAAUCGGUAUUCCUCUUUUUUUCCUGGAACUUUCUGUGGGUCAAAGAAUUCGGCGAGGAAGCAUUGGUGUAUGGAAUUACAUAAGCCCUAAACUGGGUGGGAUUGGAUUUGCAAGUUGUGUAGUGUGCUUUUUUGUGGCCCUCUACUACAAUGUCAUCAUCGGCUGGAGUCUGUUUUAUUUUUCUCAGUCUUUUCAGCAGCCUCUACCUUGGGAUCAGUGUCCUUUGGUGAAAAAUGCUUCACAUACGUUUGUAGAGCCAGAAUGUGAAAAAAGUUCCGCCACCACCUAUUAUUGGUACAGAGAAGCACUGAAUAUUUCCAAUUCCAUUUCUGAAAGUGGGGGCUUAAACUGGAAGAUGACUGUCUGCUUGCUGGCUGCCUGGGUCGUGGUUUGCUUGGCUAUGAUCAAAGGCAUUCAGUCUUCAGGAAAAAUAAUGUAUUUUAGUUCUCUGUUUCCAUAUGUGGUACUUAUAUGCUUCCUAAUUAGAGCACUCCUUUUAAAUGGUUCAAUUGAUGGUAUCCGCCACAUGUUCACCCCUAAGCUUGAAAUAAUGCUGGAGCCCAAGGUCUGGAGAGAAGCUGCCACUCAGGUGUUCUUUGCCUUAGGGCUGGGGUUCGGUGGCGUCAUCGCCUUUUCCAGCUACAACAAGAGAGACAACAACUGCCACUUUGAUGCUGUCCUGGUGUCCUUCAUCAAUUUUUUUACUUCUGUCCUGGCCACACUGGUGGUGUUUGCGGUUCUGGGCUUCAAAGCAAACGUCAUCAAUGAGAAAUGCAUUGCAGAGAAUUCGAAAAUGAUCGUAACGUUUUUGAAGACAGGAAACAUUAGUCAGGAUAUUAUUCCCCAUCACAUCAACUUGUCAGCUGUUACCACAGAAGAUUAUCAUUUAAUUUAUGACAUCAUUCAAAAAGUGAAAGAAGAAGAAUUUCCUGCGCUUCAUCUUAAUUCCUGUCAAAUUGAAGAUGAGCUAAAUAAAGCUGUUCAGGGGACUGGCUUAGCUUUUAUUGCUUUUACAGAAGCAAUGACACAUUUCCCUGCGUCUCCCUUCUGGUCCGUGAUGUUCUUCCUCAUGCUGGUAAAUCUAGGGCUUGGUAGCAUGUUUGGGACCAUUGAAGGGAUCAUUACGCCUAUUGUGGACACUUUCAAAGUGAGGAAAGAAAUUCUUACUGUGAUCUGUUGUCUUCUGGCAUUUUGUAUCGGCCUGAUAUUUGUGCAACGCUCUGGAAAUUACUUUGUUACCAUGUUUGAUGACUAUUCGGCUACACUGCCUCUGCUGAUUGUAGUCAUUUUGGAGAAUAUUGCUGUAUCCUUUGUUUAUGGCAUAGAUAAGUUUAUGGAAGACCUAAAAGAUAUGCUGGGCUUUGCUCCCAACAGAUAUUAUUACUACAUGUGGAAAUAUAUUUCUCCUCUAAUGCUGUUAUCACUGCUAAUAGCUAGUGUUGUGAAUAUGGGAUUAAGUCCUCCUGGCUAUAAUGCAUGGAUUGAAGAUAAGGCAUCUGAGGAAUUUCUGAGCUACCCAGCGUGGGGGAUGGUGGUCUGCAUCUCUCUGAUGGUCCUAGCCAUCCUGCCCGUCCCUGUGGUCUUCCUCAUCCGUCGCUGCAACCUCAUAGACGACAGUUCUGGUAACUUAGCAUCUGUGACUUAUAAGAGAGGCAGGGUCCUAAAGGAGCCUGUGAACUUAGAGGGAGACGAUGCAAGCCUCAUUCAUGGAAAGAUAUCAAGCGAGAUGUCAUCUCCAAAUUUUGGUAAAAAUAUCUAUCGAAAGCAGAGUGGAUCACCAACUCUGGAUACUGCUCCCAAUGGACGAUACGGAAUAGGGUACUUGAUGGCAGAUAUGCCAGACAUGCCAGAUAUGCCAGAAUCGGACUUGUAGCUGGGGAAAAAAAAAAAAAUCAGUGGGCUUUAUCUGGGUUCAUUUUAUCAAUGAACAGUGGCUCUUCUAAGAGAAGCAUUAGGCCUCACUUCCCAGAGGGCGAUCUCAGGUGUUCCAUGGCUGUGAUGUUAAAUCCUAACAGUGUAUGUAAAUUCAACUAGAGCAUUCCUUUGGAUUCUUUGGUUUACAUUUGCACAGAAGGAGUUUCAGACAAGGCUUACAAUGACUGAGGUCCACAUUUGCUGGAAUUUUUAAAAAUACUUUUGGUGUUUUUUUCAAGUAUUUUUAUCUCUGGAAAAAAAAAACAGGUGUUACCUCAGUUUCUAAUAAUUUCUGGUUGUAAUAGUAUUGGCAAUUCAAAAAUGGUGUACUUCAAAAUUUCUAAGUUGGCCUUCAAGGUAACUCCCAGUAUUACAAUGAACGGUUCUGUAAGUCGGUGCCUCUUAGCACAUUUCCAUGAAUAUAUUGUGUAGAUAGGCUGUACUUAUUUUGGUAGCAAUUAUUCUUCUUAGGCAAUUAUUGAAGAAAACUGCAAAAUAUUUUCUUAUGUCAUAGCUGUAUAGAGCAAUAGUAUCAAAGAAUAAUAAGGCACUGAUGCUGGGAUGACAGUUUAAACUCAGAUGUGAUUGGGGAUCAUGUGCUUGAUGGCUGUAUAUUUUUUGUAAAAUAUAUGUGUGAAAAUGAUCUAAGGAAGAGCUGCUCAGCACUCUCAAGAAUUAUGCAGGUUCUGCAUUUUUCUAUGCCGUGUGCCUAAAAACCUACUUGGUAUUUAUUGUGGUUUCAAGAUUACUAAUAGUAUAUUUAUAUAAUAUACUGGCAAUGUGUAUAAAUGUAUAUUAUUAGUACUCUGAGUACUGAUUUGAAAACUUGAAGCAAGAUGGCAUUUUAUUUCAUACCUUUCUGUUUUGCUUCUGUUUUAUGCAAAUAUAAAUCCUUUUUUAAGUGAUUGUUAAAAUUGUAUGGCAUUACAUUUUAAGCUACAAAUAAACAAGGUAAAAAAAAAAUGGUUG